GUCCGCAGGGUGAGAUGCAGCCGCCACAUGUCCGACCCUGCUGGGAGAAAUGGAGCCGCCACAUGUCCGACCCUGCUGGGAGAAAUGGAGCCGCCACAUGUCCGAGCUGCCUGCUUGUCCGCCGGCGUGAGGCUCUGGGCGUGCGGAGGGCCUCACACUGCCGAGGUGUUCUGCAUACCUCCGGGGCUUCUUAAUGGCCAGCCUGAGGCUUGGCCCUCCUGCCUACUCAGCGUUGUUCCUGCUCCAGAGACUGCAUGCCAGGAUAGCUUCUCUGCUGCCAGACCUUUGUCUGGUCCUUGCCCGCGCUUCAUCUGCCCUUUGGUACCUCCUGGGAACAAGAGAAAAGUCGCUGAGAGCAUUCUGCUUGAACCUCUUCUGAGCGCUCUGCUGUUUGCUGAGUGAAAGGACAAAGGACUGACAGUAAGACAGAACAUGCCACUGCGCCGCUACC